AUGGUGUUGCGCGGCGCAUGCCAGGCGUCGAUGGCGGCGAUCUUGUGGACGUGCAGCAAGGCCGUCGGGUCAGAAGCGACAGCGCGAGCAUUGAGACCUGAGAUGGUGCGGAGGUUGUCAGGGUUAGCGGGACAUGCUUGCAGGGAUCACGCGCUUGUUGGGGUGAGGGGAAUGCGAGGGGGAACGGAUCAUCACAGACGGGACUUGGACAAGAGCGCUGAGAACAAAACACUCUUACAGAGCGAUCAUGUUGAGAGGAUGAUGACAGUGAAACGCAAAAAGUUUAACGGACCAAACAAUGUGCUCUGCAAGACUUGUUGGCUUGCUAUGAAGGACUGUAUCUGCUCGCAUGUCAGGGAGAGGUUCAAGUGGGAUCGAUCUUUUAUUCAUAGGAUUUUCUUCUACAUGCACUCAAAGGAGUUCGGUCGGUGCUCCAAUACUGCUUGUCUCGCUCAAGUCCCUUUUCCUUUCCCUCAGUGCGACAUCUUCAUCGCCGAGCUCCCUGAGGACGAGGAGCGUUUGAGGCGCGAGAUAUCGCAAGCACCCGAGAGCUUCUUGAUCUUGUACCCCUCAGAGAAUAGCGUCACCUUCUCUCGUCUCGUCCGCUCCUCUGCCAACGACCAUGGCUCUCUUGCUGCUGCCAUGCAAAAGCCGCGCACGGUCAUAGUGGUGGACGGCACGUGGAGACAGACGAGGCGGCUGAUCAAGAAGCUACCGUCGGACAUUCCUCGCAUCAGGUUGGAACAAGACGUCGAGCUAGAUCAGUUGUAUAACAGCCCGUUGAGAGCUCAACCUUCGGAGAGCCGCAUGUGCACGCUGACGUCAGUAGCGCUGAUGGUGCGAGAGCUGGGAGGCAGCGAGGAGCUGUUCAGAGGCAUGCUGCAGCUGCUGCAUGUCAAGACGGAGACGUUUCUCCGCACCAGCAGCAAGGAGUGGAAAGUGAAGGACAAGGGUGAAGUAGAUGUUUGA